AAUCAAAAAUUGCCAGGUGACACUUCGCCUCCAAAAUUCACCACCAUGGAUAAGGACUGCAUUUCCUACGUCAGCUUGACACAUAGAUCAUUCCCUUUUGCCCUUCCGCUCUCUUCUUGAUCUUUAUAUAUGCCCAUUUUCUUCUUUCCCAGUUGAACAGAUUCAUUAUAUCCUAUCCAUUUCAACCCAUUAUUGCAUUCAAAGAAAAGUACCCUCCCCAUACUAUUCUUCAUUGGCAAUUGACUUGUUCUUUGAAUUUUGCCCUUUUAAAAUAUUCACAUAGCUUUCACAUUCACCAAACCUUGCCUUCUCUAACCCGUUUCCAUAUUCAUUUACCUGUUCCUUUCAGACCCUUCGAUAGAUGAUCUUAUACCCAUAAUCUAUAUAUAUCUUUGAAGCUGGUUUUGCUAAAUCGCAUCCGGGUUUGCUCAUUUCUAUUGGAAAAAAAGAAAACAGGAUCCAAUUUUUAUUGAUCCAAGAGUAGCUUUUGACUUUUUCAGAAACAAUGGCGACUUUUGUAGGCUCUGCCUCUUCAUCGUCUUCUUGGAUUCAGAUGAAGAACUCAGCAAAGAAGGGAAAGAACAAUGGCAAGGACAAUACCAAGUUCAGGGUAUCGUGCGUUUCUUCUUCUAUCGCAGAUCCAUAUAAGACCCUAAGGAUUCACCCUAGUGCUUCUGAAUCUGAGGUCAGGAAGGCUUUCAGACAGCUCGCUCUUCAGUAUCAUCCUGAUGUCUGCAAAGGGAGCAACUGUGGCGUGCAAUUUCACGAAAUUAAUGAAGCUUAUGAUAUUGUGAUGAGUAAUCUCAGAGGGGAAUCAACUCAAUCACAAAUGGAGGCUUAUGAUGACGGUAUAGAUGAUUCAUUCAGGGGGAUGAAUGAUCCUGAUUGGGACAUGUGGGAAGAAUGGAUGGGAUGGGAAGGAGCGGGGAUUCGUGACUACACAUCCCAUAUCAAUCCAUACAUUUAAUCAAAUCUUAUUGCUUGGUUGUUUAAACAGUACAGGGCCGUAAAAAAAAACCCACAUCUUCAACCUAAGAAACAGAUGAAGAUGGUUGAGGUUGAUGUACAAAUUGUCGGAUUUAUGUAAAUAUUCUGGGGGUACUUCUAAUUAGUUGUAUCAUGUCGGAACCUUUUCUUGAUGUGAAUUCAAUACACUGCAUGUGCUCAUCUAUCAAUGAACUGAAAAUUUGCUCAAA